AUGGUUUCCCAAUCGCACGCGGCACGACAUAGGAUAGUGAUCAGCCAGUCACCAGGGACGGAUGAAUCUAGAACUAGCAGUGCCGAAUGCUUGGCCAGCGAUCCUGCUUUGCGAACUUCUCCGAAUCCGAUCGUUUAUGUGUCUGUGCUAGACACUAUGGCCAGAACGAAAAGAACAGCAAGAAAAUAUAACUCCGAUGGAUCUUUCUACCAUUCGGAUGGGUCGACUGUCUAUUCAGACGACUCAAUUAGGGCGCCUACUAGCGAGGUGUCUGAGCACCCUAAUAGCCCUUCCUACCUUCCUCCAACCCUAACAUAUUACCAUUCGUCCACCUCUAGUGGAACUCCCAGUGAUGGAAUCCUGGGAGAGGCGGACGAACAAUACAGACCCGGGCCUUCUGGACAGGCGCCGAAAGAGAGUCUGGGGGAGGACCCCGCUGGCCCCAGACGGCGGUCCCCCAGCUCUGAUGAGAGCUCUGAUGACGAGUCGACCUCGUCAUCUUCUUCUGAAAAUGCCUCCAUUACUUCUGAGGAGGCAAGGACCAAAAUAGAUUCCGCCAGGGAAUCCCUGGCAGUGGAUAGAGGGGAGAACAAAGCAAUGGAGAAGAUCUCGGCCUCAAGGAAGCCGGCUUUAUCUGCUGCUCGAUACAGAUCAAACGUCCUGAACAAAACUCCGGACGAGCAGAAACCAGUCGGGACGCCCAAGGGUGCCCCCACCAAGCCUUCUCCUUCCAAACCAUCCGACCCUAAACUUCAGAAAGUUAGGGCGGGAGAUGAGAAGCUUGAGCCUCUUCAAGAGGCCAAUAAGGAGGCCGAGAGAGCCAAGCAGAGGGUAACCCGCCUGGAGCAGCGCCUGUCCAACCAGGAGAAGCAGCUGAAGACCAAGUAUGAGUCCCGAGCUGAUCAAGAGAGGGAGGCCCUUGUCAAACAAAUGAUGGAUGACAAUGAGGCUAUCAUGCGGGCAGCUUGGGCGGCUGUACAGCUGGACUCGGACUAUCAGACUUGCAAGUCCAAGUUUGAUGAGGCCAGCAAGGAAUUCGACGCUCGCCUCAUUGAAGAGGCUGAGAAUGUAGCAAAAGCUGAUGCUGCGGCUGAGGAAGGAUCCAGGUCCGACUCUUCUGGGGAGUCGUCCUCUAGUGGUGAGGAGGGAGAUCAGGCAGAGGAGGUGGAGAAGAAUGAAGAAGAGCAGCCGAAGGACAACUGGCCGGCUGCCAAUGCUGAGAACCUCCCCUGA